GCGGCAGCGCCGCCGCCGAUGGCUCAGGACAACGCCGCCUUCUGCGGGGUCCCCGAGGGGGUCCCCACGGGGGUCCCCGCCGAGGCCAAGCCCCCCCUCCCCCGCCCCCCCAAGCCCCCAAACGCCGCCCGUGGGGGGCCGGGGGGGGGCGCGGCGGCCCGGAAGCGCCAGCGCUACGUGGAGAAGGACGGCAAGUGCAACGUCCAGCACGGCAACGUGCGCGAGACCUACCGCUACCUGACCGACAUCUUCACCACCCUGGUGGACCUCAAGUGGCGCUUCAGCCUCCUCAUCUUCAUCCUGGCCUACGCCCUCAUGCUCUUCUUCGGCCUCAUCUGGUGGGUCAUCGCCUACAGCCGCGGCGACCUGGAGCACCUGGGCGACCACACCUGGACGCCGUGCGUCAACAACCUCAACGGCUUCGUGUCCGCCUUCCUCUUCUCCAUCGAGACCGAGACCACCAUCGGCUACGGCCACCGCGUCAUCACGGACACGUGCCCCGAGGGCAUCGUGCUGCUGCUGCUGCAGGCCAUCCUGGGCUCCAUGGUCAACGCCUUCAUGGUGGGCUGCAUGUUCGUCAAGAUCUCGCAGCCCAACAAGCGCGCCGAGACCUUGGUGUUCUCCUCGCACGCCGUGGUGUCGCUGCGCGACGACCGCCUGUGCCUGAUGUUCCGCGUGGGCGACCUGCGCGACUCGCACAUCGUGGAGGCCUCCAUCCGCGCCAAGCUCAUCCAGUCCAAGCAGACGCAGGAGGGCGAGUUCAUCCCGCUGGACCAGACCGACCUGAGCGUGGGCUUCGAGACGGGCGACGACCGGCUCUUCCUGGUGUCGCCGCUCAUCAUCAGCCACGAGAUCGACGAGCGCAGCCCCUUCUGGGACGUGUCGCGGGGGCAGCUGGAGAGGGAUGACUUCGAGAUCGUCGUCAUCCUCGAGGGCAUGGUGGAGGCCACAGGGUAAACGGGGCGGGGACGCCUCGGGAUGACGUGCCAGGCGCGCAGCUCGUACCUGGCGGACGAGGUGCUGUGGGGCCACCGCUUCACGCCGCUGCUCAGCCUCGAGGAAGGUUUCUACGAGGUGGACUACGGCGGCUUCCACCACACCGUGCCCGUGCCCACCCCGGCCUGCAGCGCUCGCCAGCUGGCAGCCGCCGCCGCCCGCCGCGAUGCCCACCUGUACUGGUCCAUCCCCAGCCGCCUGGACGAGGCGGCGGCGGCGGGGGGCGAGGGGGACCCCGAAAUGUCCCCCCGCGAGAGCAACGGGACCCUGGCCAGCCCCGAGCCGCGGUGAUGCCACCAAAAAUCUGGCUGUAAAUACUGAAAAUCCUCCCCGUCAGGAUGGUGGGGUGGUUUUGGGGUGUCCCUGGGUCUGUGGGGAUGAGGGGGGACCCCAAAAUCUCUCAGGAGACCAACGGGACCCUGGCCAGCCCCGAGUCGCGGUGAUGCCACCAAAAAUCUGGCUGUAAAUACUGAAAAUCCCCCCCGUCAGGAUGGUGGGGUGGUUUUUGGGGUGUCCCUGGGUUUGUGGGGGCAAAAGGGACCCCAAAAUCUCUCAGGAGACCAACGGGACCCUGGCCAGCCCCGAGUUGCGGUGAUGCCACCAAAAAUCUGGCUGUAAAUACUGAAAAUCCUCCCCCCAUUAUGGAUGGUGGGGUGGUUUUGGGGUGUCCCUGGGUUUGUGGGGUGUCCCUG